CCUUCCCCACACCAGUCAUACCAUGGACGUCUGCUAGUAAACGUCAGAAAGAGAGACAAGAAAAGAAACCCUCUGCUUCCAGUGGCGGUUUUGCAAUGGCUCACUCCACGAUGAAUGGACAUCAUAAUUCGAACAAGAUGGUGUACAAAUUGGUCUUGACGGGAGGUCCGUGUGGAGGCAAGACAACGGGCCAGUCCAGACUCUGCACCUUCUUCGAGAACCUUGGGUGGAAGGUGUACCGAGUUCCAGAGACAGCCACUCUUUUGUUAAGUGGAGGCAUAAAGUUCAGUGAUUUAUCAGAGGAUGAUGCUGUGGUCUUUCAAGAAAACCUCCUAAAGUCCAUGAUGCAGAUUGAGAACACCUUCUUCUCGCUGGCGGAGUCCUGCUCAAAGAACUGCCUCGUUAUCUGUGACCGUGGCACAAUGGACGCCUCUGCUUUUAUACCUCAAGAACGCUGGGAGGAGAUCAUGAAGAAGAAUGGAUGGAAUCCAGUGGAUCUGCGAGAUACGCGUUACAACCAAAUCCUUCACAUGGUUUCUGCUGCUAAUGGUGCUGAAGCUUUCUAUAGCACUGAAGACCAUGCUUGUAGGAGUGAGAAUAUGGAUCUUGCCCAGAGACUGGAUAACAAGGCUGCCGAGGCUUGGGUUGGACAUCCCUAUUUUGAUGUGAUUGACAACUCCACAGAUUUUGACACUAAGAUGCGUCGAAUGAUAAGUGUUGUUUGUCAGAAGCUUGGCGUAGACACAGGUGACAGAUUGAAGACCAACGCCCGCAAACUUAAAUUCCUCGUCAAGGGACCAUUGCCUGAUGAUGGUCUUUUCCCAACCUUCCAAGACUUCAGUGUCGAGCAUAUAUAUCUUCGCACAAACUCUCGGAAGAUGCAAGCACGGCUCAGAAAACGAGGCAAAAAUGGCCAUCACAGUUACACACACACUAUCCGCAAGCCAGAACAGCUGGGGCAGAUUGUAGAGGUGAAGACAGCUAUUAGCCAACGAGACUGGAACAACAUGUCAGCUCAAGCAGAUGAACACCAUUACCCCAUUUACAAGAUCCGUCGGUGCUUCCUUCACAACAACCAGUAUUUCCAGCUUGACAUUUACCAGAAGCCUUGCCACCAAAGGUGUGAAGGCCUCAUCCUGUUGGAGACCUACUCCACCCUCCCCUCAGAGGAACUGCAACGUCGUCUGCCCUCAUUCCUCAACAUUGAAGCUGAAGUAACUGGCAGACCAGACUACUCGAUGUUCAACCUAAGUCUCCGUGACGAAUGGGGUGUUACCAACAAGUUCUGUGUCAACAUCGCAGAGGAGGAUGACGUGAGUGCCUGUGGUUCAUGUCCAGGCUCAGGACUGGACAUGCACCUCCACAAAGCAAGACCUUUGGCAGCCACCACCAAGCUCUCUUUCUCACAUCAAGCCAAUCUAGACUCUGCUGGCAAGUUCACAUCAGUGUCCCCUCCACCCUCGGAAGUGGUGAACAAUAAUAGAAAAGACAUUAUCUUGACAUCAGAUCUUAUGAUCAAGAGUGUUGAAGAUGCUCAUGACAGUUAUAUCACCAAUGGAAUGGAGGUGGACUCUCCCAUUAACAUAAUCAAUGGACCAGUGAAGGUAACAAAUGGGUUCUUCCCAGAGCACUGACCUUGGGGUGAUGAUUGUUAUUUCACCCUUUUAAAGAUUUUGAGGUUCAGUCCAUUAUUGGGCAUAUUAAAGAGCAAUUAUUUAUUUUAUUUCCUUUCUCUCUUUUCUUUUUUAUUAUUGACUAAACAAAACUUUGAGUAAAUGCAACCUGACAUUUCAGAUGAGGAAGGAAACUUUAGAUAUUAAUGUAUGUUAAGGACAGAUAGUGAUAUAUUUUUUCUUUUUUGUAUUUAACCAUUCAAGAGCAUUGGAAUUUUUAAAAAUCAUUUACUUUUUUUUUUUAAAUAUGCAUUAUGCAGUGUAACAUUGUCUGCAUAAUUACAGUUUACUAAUGAAGAAAGAUAAGAUACUUUAUAUUAUGGCCUAUAAUCCAUAUAUACACAAAAUAUUCCUUGUAUUUCUUGCCAAUGCUUAUUCCAUACAGAAACAUAAAACCUGCAUUAAAAUAAAGCAGAUAGUCUGUGUAAACACAGGAAACUGCAUUAAUUGAUGGGAAAAUGAGUAAAAGUGCAGUGAUUAGACAGACACAGGUAUUAUGAACAUACUGAGGCAUUUAAACAAGUUCCUGUAAUUUACAGAAAUUAAUUAUACAUAAGAAAAUGUUGAAAAUAAUAAUCUAGUGCCAGUAAAGGGAUUUCCCUACUAACCCAUCUAAGAAGUUAAAGGUGUCAUAUUUAUAUUUUUUUACAGGAAACCUAAGGGGGGUAACAUGUAUGAAAGAGGAGAAUGAAAAGAGAGAGGUCAUGUUGCUAUGUUAUGUGCCUUACCAGUCCUAAGAGUAGAAGUAAUAAGUAUGUAUAGAUUACUAUAAACAAGUAAUUAAAGAGUCAUGAGUUAACAGGAUCUUUCCAAAAUUUGAUGUAUUGAUCUGAGUGACAGGAAAAGAUGUAUCAAGUUAUCUAGGUGCAGUUUGAGCACAGUUUAGUUAUUAUUAGUGCCUUAUUAACUAGUUUUCAUCAAACUUGACAUGUAAUUGUGAGUGCAUUUUAAAUUACGGGUAGCUUCUACAAAUGAGAUUUUUUGUAAAUAUGUACAUUUUUUAAUGCCAUAAAAGAUGCUAUGUUAUCCUGGUUAAGUUUUUUCUUUAUAAGAAAAUUGGAGUAGGAAAUAUCAAGAAAGCAACAGGAAUCAGUUGCAAGUAAUUAGUGAAAUUUGCUUUCAUGAGUGAUAGAUUUCUUUAACAAAGAGCACCAAAACAGAGACAGUUACAGUGGCAUUAGUAGAAUAAAAGAAUUUAUAUGCCUUCUCCUUAAAUGUGAGGACCAGCCAUAAUUUUCUUAUGUGAUAUGACUGCUCAUUAAGUAGAUUUUAAAUUGAUUUUAAAAAUUCAUUCGCAAAGGAUGAGGCAGGUUUACCUAAUAAUGUUGUAAAUAAUUUAUCAAUAUUUUUAAUGAAUAGAUUUUUUUCUUACUCAGUUGAAUAUCCAUGAGAUUAAGUAGCUUUAUUAAUGCUCUCACAAUUCUUUAGCACAUGUGUGUGUGACUCUUAAUUAUUUUUAAAGUAUAACAAAACCUGGAGAAUUACUUGGUUUAUUUUGGUCUCUGUAAAAAUCUACAGAGGAUGUUCGUUUUCUGUAAAGACCAGAGAUUAUUAUUAUUUUUUUUUUUUUUUAUAAAGAAUUACAGAGACUUUUUUUUCUGUAAAGAACUAUGGUUUUAUUGUGAUUUAACCUAUAAAGAUGAGAUGUAUUAUGUUCCAAAGGUUUCUUCCAAAUAGAUGUUUUUCCUCAAAGGAAUAUUAUGGUUAUUUACAACAAUGUGAGUUGUAUAAAACUGUAACAACAGAGCGUUAGUGGCUAAAGUUCAUAUUGCAGUCAUGUAACUUUACCCUUUCUCUUGAUAUCUCUUUUUGCUAUAAAAUUAAGUGUAUGGUCCUGUUUUAACUCAUGUAUUUUGAAAACCUUUAACUGGAUUAAAGGUUGGAUUAAAAGAAAUUAUUUCAGAGCAUUUACAGACUACAAGGCAGACACAGUAUUAAAAUUUAUGAUUAAAAGGAUCUGAUGAAACUAAUCCAAGAUGGAAAUCCAUGAAGAUCCUCAAUAUAUUAACAUAUUACAUAAGGCAAAAAAAGAAAAAAUAUUUUUUUUAUAUACUUUACUUUACUUUGCAAAUAACAUUGUAGAACUCAGUGAAAGAACAACGGGAUGUGCUUUUAAGUCCUUUGUGAGUGUAGAAUUUAUUUAAUGUAUUUAUAUAAAUUUGAAUAAUAGAGAAAAUCCAUGGAUUGAUUUAAGUCUUUAUACAAAAACAUAGAGAGAAAGUGAUUUGAUACUUUUUUAUUUCCUCUAAAUUUUAUAUAUGAUAAGCCUAAAGUACUCUUUAAUUCUCAAUAUUUUAGUAUCAAUUUUAUUUGUUUUUUUUGUUAAAAAACGAUUGUUUUGUCUUUGAAAAAAUUAGAGAGAAAGUGUCAUUUGCAUGAUAUUAUAUAUCUCAUUCUUAGAUUUGUAUAUAGAUAUAGGUGCAUUAUCUUUUAAAUUUUUCAAUACUUUUCAUCUCAAUUUGUACGUGUUUUUGUUUGUACAACAGUGUUAUUGUUUAAUAAAAAAUAAAUAAAAAUUAUCAUGGUAUUAUAUAAUCUAACAUAUUUUAUAUAUAUGCAUUGAUUAUUAAUCAUUAUUAUUAUUAUCUAUUAUUAUGAUUUAUUAUUAUUAGUUAUUAUUAUUAUUAUUAUUAUUAAUUAUCAUUAUUAUUAUUAUCAUUAUUAUUAUUAUCAUUAUUAUUAUCAUUAUUAUUAUUAUCAUUAUUAUUAUUAUCAUUAUUAUUAUUAUCAUCAUCAUCAUGAUUAUGACUGAUGACUGUUGCUCUUGUCCAGCAUUUGGGUCAAUUGUUAAUGAGCUAAAAAUAAGCUCAACAUCACAAAUAACCUGCAGGACAAUAGAGAUGUUCAUUACAUAUAUUUAUAAAAUUCUUUUUAUUGUAAACUGUAUUGAUGAUUUUGAUAAUUAUCAAGGAUCAUUGCUAUUAGUAUUAUUAUUAUUGUGAUUUAUUACUCUUUUAUUAUUAUUAUUAUUAUAAUUAUCAUCAUUACUCUAUCAUCUGAACUAUCAUAGAAAUCAUUAUCCAGUAUUGUAUAUUUCAGUAGCAUCAGUAUUGACAUUUUCUUGAUAAAUAUUUAGAUACAUAUGUAUAUAUAUAUUAUAUAUAUAUUCACUGUAUAUAUAUGAUAUAUAACUUAGCCACAUUUUUAGUAUGCCAACGUCUGUGUUAUGGUAAAUGACGAAGUUUAGACUGAGAAAUUUUUAUGUUGUAUAUUAGGUCUGAUCCUUGACUGAGUGAGUAAUUUACGGUUUUAUGAGAACUGUAUACCUUUCAAUAAAAAAUUUAGUAGUGUAUGUAUAUUCUGAUAAAUUAAAUGUGAAGUUUGUUUCAUGUUUGAAGAUAUUGACCUCUUUUUACAAAUAAAUUAUAUCUAUGUUUACUAAUGAUUACAGUAAUUUGGAACAAAAUAUACUGGCAACGGCACUUGUUGCCUGAUAACCUUGGAAUUGAAACUGAAUAUUGACUUGUGUUAAUGUUGGAUAUACUCUUGUGCUGGCAGACAAGCUUUAAAUUAUUGAUUUUAUCUCACUACCUCAAGAAGUGAGAUUAAGAAGAUCUGAGGGAGUUUAAUUGUUGUUGAAUUAGUUUCAGAAAAUAAUGUGACAAAAACUUUAUUUUUCAAAGGAAAAGUAAAAUACAAGUAUCAAU